UCAAUAUAUAUAGACAUUACUGUUUCAGUAUUGUGCUGUUCUUCCUCGCUUGUACAAACGACUCACUUUUGGAGACGUGUUAUAUUCUUCAAUAACACACACAAGCUGAACGUCCAGAGCAGGUUGUCUCGUAUUUAUUAUAAUUCAGUAUCCCCUCCGUAAAGCGAAACUAAGUAUUUUGCACAUCAAGGAUAGCAGUGGGUGAAUAAACAAGAAUUUCUUCCAGGCGAAAUGGCUGCGGAAGUCGCAUUUAGAGUUGGUUUUAAAGGCAACGACCUAUGGCAGGCUGCUUUGAAAGGGGAUUUAAAGAAAGUUGAUAAACUACUUAAAAGUGGAGCUGACAUCACGUUUAAGAAGGACAACAAGCCGAUGAUUAAUAUGGUUCGAGAACUCGAGCAAUCCAAUGCAAGUGAUCCUGCAAAGUUGUAUUAUUACGGACAAAUAAAGUUAAUUAUUGAAAACAAACUAAAUUCAUCGAUUUCAACCGAUGUAAAUGCAGGCGAUGUCGAUCGCGUUCGUUCCCUGGCUGAGAGCGGUGCAGAUCUGUAUCAAGAAGGAAGGAUCAUUUCCCAGGCAAUCGUGUCCGCUAAGGAUAGCCCAGAAAUUGUCGCAAUCCUGCUUUGCAACAACUUUAUGAACGAACAGUACAUAGAAGCUAUUCAACCCGAUGGCAAAACUAAUGUUGGUUAUCUUUUGGCCGAAGCAAAACGUGAAAACAACGGCAAUUCAGCGAAGGCUCUAAAGGAUCACAUUAAUUUUGUCGUGGUGAGAGAGUCUGAAGCGGGUAAUCUCCCUCGCAUCCAGGCUCUUAUGAAACUCGGUCGUGACGUCAUCGAUUUAAAAUUCAAACGAUCCGACGGACAAACGGCAUUGAUGAUGGCGGUAAUGAAGAAACACUUUGAUGUUAUCGGGGUGUUGCUAAGCAACGGCGCUGACGCGUAUCAGGUGAACGCUGAGAAAAAGAGCGCGCGAGACAUGUGUGGUCAUGACGUGCGGUUGACCGCCAUGUUGGAUAAGGUUGGCAGGGUGAAAGAAUUGCGAGAAAAAAUAAGAAAGAAUGGGGCGGCAACGACAUCAAAAGAGAUUGGAGGCUAUUUAGACAAAGGUGUCCCGGUAAACAGUGUGGAUGCGGAUGGUAACAGCAUCCUUUCCUUGGCCGUCCAAUACAAAUGUUCCAAUGAGGUUCUAAUGAACCUUAUCACCACCUACCAUGCCGAUCCCAAUGUUCUCAACAAGCGAGGCACCGGUCCUGUGGAAAUGGCUCUCGUCUACAGAGACAAAAAGACUUUGAAAUGUUUAUUUGAAGCGGGAGUGAACAUCAAGCGUGGAAAUAACAUGUUGCUUCAGUUUGCAGAAGCACAUGGUUUUACCGGUUCCGUUAAAAUCAUUAAAGAGGAGUUAGGGAAAUAUCUAUGGAAAGCCGUAGACGAGGGAGAACUGGAGGAAAUCAAAACUUUGUUGGAAAAUUGUGGAGCAUACGUGGAUGAAAGUUGUCAUUUAGAAGGAUAUGAAGGUUGGACAUCAUUAUUUCUGGCGGCACACAAGAACAAUGUCGAGGUCGCCAAAUGUCUGUGCAUCGCACAAGCGAACGUUGAUGCAAGAUGUCAAGAUGGGAAAACUGCCAUUUCUAUAGCUGUACAGACAGGAAAAAAGGAAGUUCUUCAUUACCUGCUCUCGGAAGGCGCUUCGGUGAAUGUCGCCGACAUAAGUGGAAACACGCCUCUUUUAUUGGCAGUGAAAGCCGGCAAUCUUCCACUGGUUCAAAUUCUUCUUCGUGCCGGGGCAAACCCUUACCACGAACAAGGAAGCGUGUCCGUCUCCCAGCUGGCCUUGGAAUCCUCAAACAAGAACAUAGUGUAUACAUUUGAACAUCUUGACUUUUCAACCGCCAUUCCUGACUGGAAAGAGACCCGUUCUAAACAACGACCCUCUUCCAAGCACAAAUUUUUCAGAUCUCCCAUCAGCUUCGAUCCCAACCCGCCUCAAAAGGUCCAAAUGAUCUUGCAAGGAAACGAGAAGACUAACAAAAAACUGAUCGACGCGGCCAGGAAUGGGAGACCAAUUCAGGUCAAAGAAGCCAUCGCGGAAGGCGCCGAUAUCCGUUGUUUUGACAACAAGAUGAAGCGACCUCUUCAGUACGCGCAAGAAAAAUUAACGAGACUUAACCAAGAGACGCUUAGUCCGAUCGAGGAGAGACGACGAGCCCAGCUUGCCGGUCGAAUUGCCUACCAAGACGUCGUGACCUUCCUGACGAACAAACUGAAUGAGCUAAUGUGGAAUGCCGUGAAACAAGAGAGCCUGGAACGGGUGCAGACCCUGCAUGAAUGUGGGGCGACAUUGAACUGGUGUGCACCUGAACGUCCACUGGGCUUACCUGGUCUGUUGGCAUCAUCGCAGGACAAUCCAGAGAUCAUGUCUUACCUCAUGCACUACUGCCCAUACAAUUUGCCAGCACUAAGGACCACUGACCAACAAAAACACACGGUGUUAUCAUUGGCGGAAAGUAGAGGAUUCAAAAAUUUAAGCUCGUGGAUUCGAGCGAAGAUGACUCAUAGUUUAGAUUUAGCCCUUUCAAAGAACGACCUGCCUGCAGCAAAGCAGUUUUUAUUGUUCGGUGGCGGUGCAGAAAUAAGCCGAGCAGACGGUGACACGCAUCUACAUCAAGUAGUUGAAAUGGGUGAUUUAGAGUUGGUUAAGUUGUUGGUCGAAGCUGGUGCUGAUUGCUCGGUCAAACACCAAGAACAUUCGAUGACUGAUCUCGCCCGCAUCAAGGGACGUCUUCAAAUCUCGCGAUUAUUACAAAAAUCCAUGAGAAAUAAGCAAUUGUUCAGUGCGGCCGCUAACGGCGACCAUGCCGCUGUGCAAGAACAACAUUUACACGGAGCAGAUAUCGACUGCCAUUCUUACCAGGGAAUAACUCCGUUGAAAGCUGCUGUAGCCUCUGGAAAUGCUAAGUUAAUCCACUAUCUCGUUUCUCGCGGUGCGUCGCUGGUGCGAUCGAGAACAUCAUCUGUUCAUCCAAUCGGAAAACUAGAAAAUCUCAACUACAACAUUCCGUUGAAGGACUACAUUCAACGUUCUGUCGACGAACAGUUUCUGGCCACUGUGAUUGAAGGAGACACGACCAAACUGGAGGAUCUGCUACAGCUUGGGGCCAGCAUUGACUACUGCAAUCCGAACUCGAAGGAGACAGCGAUAUCUCUGUGUAUCAAUUAUCAUAGCGUUGACCUGCUGAAAUUCUUGGAAAAUCUAGGAAGUGUUCUGACAAGCCCUGCCGAUGCUAAAGGUAAUUAUGCCUUAGGCAUAGCGGCCAGCAGAGGCAACACCGCCGUCGUGGAGUAUUUGGUAAACGAGAUAAAUAUCAACACAACUAUUCGGAAUGAAGAAGGGAAAACCCCGCUGGAUAUUGCUCAAGAGACGGAUCAUCAAGAGGUUGUCAGGUUAUUGGGUGGUGAAGUUAAAGAAGACAAAGGCAAGAAAGCAUAUCAACCUCCAAAAUAUAAGUUGGAGGAACUGUUGAGUGCCGUCAAGAACUGCAAUAUGACCAUCAUUAAGGAAUUCAUCGAUGAGAUUUACUCCAGACGAGACGAAAAGGUUAAGCAUUGCGUGGAAAUGUUGAAUUUUAGUGUACGACAUAAGCAAAAGGAAGUUGAGAAGAAGCUGAGAAGACAUUACCAAGAUCUGAUCGAGGACACUUCUGAGCAUAAACUAACUGGGUCAGCGGAAUCUCAAGUCAUUUUGACUGGUUUUCUACGAAGCCUGAGCGCUCAAAUCACUGGUUAUGCUUUGGAUCCCAACGAUCCUCGAAGUUACGAUUGUUUCUUCAAGAACAUGGAUGUGAAGGCAGAGGAAGCGCGAAAGAGGAUUUUGGUUGACGAUCUAAACCAGCUGAAGGCGCAGUUCCAAGAGGAUCUUACACGAGUUCAGGAGGAGUUGACUGGUUUGAAACAACAACGCGAAAGCAUGCAGGCCAGAGAUAAAGAGUAUGUCGAAAGAAUCGUGCAAUUGAAACUUCAAGUCUCCGAAGAAAAAUCCGCAAGAGAACGCGAUCGUAUUCGGCAGGAGAUGAUAACACUGCAGGAUGAUGCGAAAACUCUUCACGCGCAGCAGAAGAUCUUGGAGGCCCAAGAAAAUCGGCAGAACAAGCAUUAUGAAGUUUCCAAGAGAUUUGAAGCCAUCCAUAUAAACCUUCUGCAUUUUUACCGAACUGUGUAUCUCGGUGUGGAAGAAAUCUUCCUCGGUGCAAAGUCCGUAGCAAGCGAGAUGACCAUUGCAACUGCGGGUAGUUUAGGAAAGACAACGAAAAAGAUUGAAACAGUCAGCAGUAUCCUUGAUAUUUUCAAACUUGAUCCAUUGGUUAGCGCCACGGUAGCGAAAGUCACUAAGUUUUUCAUCAAAGCUGGUACGAAAGUAAUGAAUGACAUUGAAAAAUAUCGUCAGAAAAAAGUUGGACAGUAUAUUUCGGGUCUUGUGACAAAUGGUGAACAAGUAGACAUUUGUACAGAUGUCGCUUACAGAUUGACGCUUUGGUACAGUGAUCAAAUAACGUGCCUGGCUGAGCCUAGUGAUGCAUCGAAAACCUCAAUUUGUGUCCAUUCCCCUGCUCGAAGAAUGGCUCAAAUUGCAGUGGGCGUCAUUUACAUUUCUUUGAUUGAAAAAGAAAUUGAGACAGGAAAAGCUGCAAAAUUUGCUACACUAGCUGAGAAAUUGGUCUGGUGCGUUGUCGCUCAGAAACCCGAAGAUGGCAAGAUUGCCAAUCUCCAAGAACGCGCCGCCGCAACUAUAGCGGAGUGGAAACAGAAAGCGGGCAAAGGUCCGACCGGAAAUGGGUACCUUGGGAGUAAAGUUCCACCAAAUUUUGUUGAGGUGGAGAUCGCCGAAAGUCUACAGAAGGAUGGGAAGAAGACAUGGAUGCUGCGAGAUAUAUUUCUCAAGUGCGGCAUCAUUGACCGUGAUGGGAAUGUGUACGAGGCAGAGUUUACAGACACUUCGGUGUUUAAAUAUUGCUACGGAACUGAAAUGGCCGCAACUGAACGCUGCUUGGAACGCCAAGAUGAGAAAAAGCCUCAGCCAAAAGGCGAUUUGUUUCCUGACGAAGACGUUAUAACUGUGUCCUCAAUCAGAGGAGCGUCUGCUAGCUCGGGCAGUGGGGGCCAGUUUCACCUUGCCCCGGGAAAGAUUGAUGGAAAAAUGAAAAAUUGUUGGAAAAAUGAUGUUAGUAAAGCUCAACUAGAGAAAGUCGAACGCAGGACUGAUAGUCUCGAAGAGAUCGCCGAAGAAAAAACGAAACUUUACCAGGAAACCUUUACAAAUUACCAAGGCCAGCUACUUGGAAAAUACAACGAAUUGAAAUCUAAAAUGGAGGAUCACUUCAAGAAUGUGUUUGAUAAGAUGCAAGCGGACACGAGGAAAGAAUUCGAGACGAUGCAAAAAAAGUUCAGUCAGAAAGAAAAAGAACUCGACGAGGCCUUUCGAAAAUCACAAGGAAAGUUGGAUGCACGUUAUGAAGAAACGGAACGCCGUUUGGAUGAGGGCGCGAAGAAAACAGCCGCGGAAGUCAAGGAGAUUAUCAAAAUUGUGAAGGCGGCGGAGGCGAAGUUCGAAGCACAGGCCUUGGCUUACAAGAAGGAUUCGGACGACAAGAUUAACAUCAUGGAGAAUCAUACAAAGAAACAUGAAAAGGAAUUAAAAGAGGAAUGUGCCAGUAAUUUUUCCAAAAUGAAAGAAAUGGCUGCCAAGCUUGAACGAAGGAUACAAGCAUUGGAACAUGCGGAUAAACGCUGAAGUGCGCCUUAUCUUUAUUGCUCUUCAACUAUAAUUAUUUCAGCACUAAAAUUUAUACUAUAUUAUUAGCACUUUAUACCAUGACAUUUCAUAGGUGGUCGCAGCCAUCUUCGUAUUUUUGAUAGUUAUUCAUUUUCGUUUUCUUUUUUCUUUUUUUUGUGCGGCCGGACAGUGCCCUGCCUUUUAUGAUUAAUAUUUAUUGCACAAUUUGCAUUUUAAGAAACGUUAAUGCACAAAAUCGUAGUUCAAAGUCAUAAACUGACAUAGACUGUAAUAACUGUCAUUUAUUUGGUAGUAU